UCCGGCUAUGGUGGUCACCACUAUCAUAGCAGAUGCGACACUGCCAUGGGCGGUUUAUGUUGCGAAUCGGAGGAAUGUUCAAGUUGUUUCGCUUUGGCCAAUGUCUCCUUCCGUGCUCUAAAAACAUUGAUCUUCUUGUUCAGAAUGGUCACUACCCAGUUGAUUUUUCUUCAGAAUGCGGCGAUCAGCUUGUAGACUAUAUUCCUGGAGUUUCACCCAUACGCUUAGCUGACAUGCCUUCAGUGUUAAAGAAAUUUACCCAACCUUUCUUGAGCAGCGUAAAGGAGUCCGUCGCUGCAGCUUGUAAAGCAAAAUGUCUUCUUUUCACUACCUAUGAUGAGCUCGAGCAUCAAGUUAUCGCGUCAUUAAUGAAAAUACUUCCAUUACCUGUCUACUCUGUUGGUCCUUCCAUACCUCUCUCCGCUGCACUUGAGGAUGAGACCCAUAACAAUGUGAACAGGGCGGAGCACUACUACUUGGAUUGGCUAGACUCGCAACCUGAAAACUCUGUCUUGUACGUGUCCUUUGGUAGUUUUCUAUCAGCUUCAAGUGAACAAAUGGAGGAGAUAUUGUCUGGGUUAGAUGAGAGUGGUGUUCGAUACUUCCUGGUUUCACGUGGCGGGAAGGGUCAUACAGAGAACUCUGCUGCUGAUGGAGAUGCUGUAAAUGUAUUGCCUAGUACUCAAAGUUUUCUAGUGCCAUGGUGUGACCAGCUGAGGGUCCUUUGCCAUUAUUCGGUAGGGGGUUUCUGGACACAUUGUGGUUGGAAUUCAACUCUUGAAGGUGUUUAUGCAGGUGUGCCCAUGCUUACUUUUCCAGUAGCUAUGGAUCAAUUCACUAACAGUAAACUAAUCGUUGAUGAUUGGAAGAUUGGAAUGAAGGUUAUGAAAGAGGUUGGAGCAGAUAAAGUGGUUAAAAGAGAUGAAAUUGCAUCGACUGUGAAGAAGUUCAUGAACCUGAAUGGAGAUGAUAAAGAAAGUAAAGAGAUGAGGGAUAGAGCUAAUGAAUUCAAGAAGCGCUGCAGACAAGUGUUGGCAAAGGGCGGUUCAUCUACAACGAACCUCGACAAUUUUAUUAGAAAUAUUCUGAAGAACUAACACUAUUAGUUGAUUCAAGCAUUGGCAAAGGGUGGUUCGCCUGAAAUCAUUUACAUCUAUGUUUGUUUGCAUUUGACUCGUGAUCUGGAUCCGAGUCAACCUCUGACUCGUCGCAAGUCAGAUGUCAGACUGUUUGUUUUCUAUUUUGAAUCAGAUUUGACUCGUCUUUUGAC